UAGUGACGUUGCAGCCAGUGCGCGUUCUCGUGGAGCUUUUCCGGUGGCGUUUCCUGUGUUUGUAAACUGACCUGAGCUGCAAUAAAAGAGCGAAAUUAAGCAGUACUAAGAAAAGAUAUUGCUGCCCCAUGAUAGAGUUCGGUGAGACUUGCGUGACACUUGGUCCAAACUGACGUCUCAUCUACACAUCUCGCCUGUCUCUCAACCGCUGUCCACCACCAUGUCACACAUACCCGGCAGCUCGGUCCGGGACCACAUGAAAUGGGCAGGGCUGUUGGGUUGUGAAGCGGUGCUGUCCAGCAUGGCUCUAAUGCAGGCCAGUUCCAUCGCAGCUCCUAAGAAAAUGAUGUCACCCUUGGGUCCAGCUUCAGGCCACGGUUCAGCCCAGAGGGAUGCACAGGACCGUGGGAUGCAAGGACACAUGGUCUUACCAACGAGCAUGACCUGCCCUCCACUGCUUCUGCGGAAGGAGAUUGAUUUUACAGCUCCCCGACUGCUGGAUGAGAAGGAAAUGAGACCCAAUGAAGACAUGCAGCUGAAGAAAAAGAACAGGAAGUCGGGAACACCCUCUAAAGUGAGAGAGCAGGACGGGCAAGCAGGGAAGGCGGUGGUGGAUGAAAAUGGAAAUUGUCCCCUUUCAAAAGUCCAGAAGAACUUUAUCUGUGAUCACUGCUACGGGGCUUUCAGGAGUGGGUACCACCUGAAGAGACACAUUCUCAUUCAUACUGGAGAAAAGCCGUUUGCUUGUGCUGUGUGUGACAUGAGAUUUAUUCAGCGCUACCACUUGGAGCGACACAGCCUCACUCACACUGGGGUGAAGCCGUAUGCUUGUCCCAUGUGUGAUAUGCGGUUUUUCCAACGUUACCACUUGGAGAGGCACAGCCUCACUCAUACUGGGAUCAAACCAUAUGCUUGCACCAUGUGUGACAUGAGAUUUUUCCAAAGAUACCACCUUCAGCGACACAGCCUCAUUCAUACGGGGGUGAAGCCGUAUGCUUGCUCCAUGUGUGACAGGCGUUUUUUCCAACGUUACCAUCUCCAGAGACACAGCCUCACACAUACGGGAGUGAAGCCGUAUGCUUGUUCCAUGUGUGACAUGAGGUUUUUUCAGCGUUACCAUCUGCAGAGACACAACCUAACCCAUACGGGUGUGAAGCCAUUUGCUUGCACAAUGUGUGAUAUGAGGUUUUUCCAACGCUACCAUCUCCAGAGACACACCAUCACCCAUACGGGGGUGAAGCCGUAUGCUUGUUCCAUGUGUGACAUGCGUUUUUUCCACCGUUACCAUCUGCAGAGACACAGCCUCACUCAUACUGGGGUGAAGCCUUAUGCUUGCACCAUGUGCGACAUGCGUUUCUUCCAACGUUAUCAUCUACAGAGACACAGCCUCACCCAUACGGGGGUGAAGCCGUAUGCUUGUUCGAUGUGUGACAUGAGGUUUUUUCAGCGUUACCAUCUUCAGAGACACAGCCUCACUCAUACGGGGGUGAAGCCGUAUGCUUGCUCGAUGUGCGACAUGCGGUUUUUCCAACGUUACCACUUGGAAAGACACAGCCUCACUCAUACUGGAGAGAAGCCGUUUGCUUGUGACAUGUGUGACAUGCGGUUCAUUCAGAGGUACCAUCUGGAGAGACACAAGCGUGUUCACAGUGGUGAAAAGCCUUACCAGUGUGAGCGCUGCCAGCAGAACUUCUCACGGACUGACAGACUGUUGAGACACCGGCGAUUGUGUCAGGGUCGUGGCGUAGCAAAAGUGGAGGCCCAGCCUUGUUCUUUCACCCAAGAGCCUCCCGCAGCCCCUCCGUCCACGUGGAGUCCUCUACAUCCCGCCUCGGGCCGACUCGCUGUCUGACACCGUUCUCUUGAGACGACAGCACACACAGACCUCUCUCAGAGCCACUGGCACCGUGACUCCACCUGCUGACAAAGAGAUGCGCUACAGACAGGGUGAGGGGAAAUUCUCCUCUCUUGUUUCUUUAUAUAGAAACAAACAAGGUUCUCUUUUGAUCAUUGAGGGUUGUUUUAUACUUUUUGGUAAUAUAUUAUGGGGCUAGAAGGGGUUUUAUGGUACUUUUAAGAGGUGAAGAACAAAAAACACCUAACAUGGGAAUUUCAUGUUACUAACCAAAAAACAAAAGGUACAACCCAUCAUCUAUAGACUGACGUCUUUUGAGACACACUUCAUUCAGAUCAGCAUCAUGUGUGAUGUAUAAGCCUGCUGUAACGUGCUAAGGGUUAGUAAUGUCCUACUACCAUCGCGAGAUCUGUUUGUAACACUGUACCCAUGUGUAACCAUAUGGAAAUGCACAGCGUGCUUCCAUGUAUUAAUUCAUUAAGCGUUCACAGGCUUUUUCUCAAUGAUAAAUGUUUGAUCUGAUAUUGUUACUAUGUAUGACUUUAAAAGAUGUGUAUAUUACUAUGUGUAACAGUUGGUUUGUUUUCUGUCAUUGCCAUGAGCUGGUGGAAAUGUCACCACCAGUUGAGUUCUGCUCAGAAGUGUCCCUUUUCUGACUUAACUCACUUAAUGACUGGCAAAUCUCACCAGAACAGACAUUUUGCAUCAAGAAAAUGGGGUCUGUUUUACAUUUUUCAUUGUUACAGUAUUUUUUAUGAACAUUUAGCACAUUUCACUGAUAUUCUUAAUACCAUAAUGAAAAAAUAGUGUUUUUGAAUAUACAUUAAAACGAUGUAUUUAAUUUUGUCCUAGUGGCUUUAUUUGAGUAAUAGGAGCUAUCAUUAUUGAGAACUACAGAACAACUCAAAAGUCGAAUGGUUGGUUACAUUACGUAUUGAGAAUUGAAGGAGCACAAUCUUACGAAAUAUCAGUGCCUAAAAAAUAGGCUUCAUUUUCUAUAUGUCCCACCUCCUUCCUGAUUUUUUAGUGAUAUAUGUCUGAGAUAUGUUCUUGUGAGAUUCAUAAUAGAGUAUUGACUACACCAUUAAAACAUAUACAUGGUAAAUGACACAGUGAAAACAUUCAAAAGCCCCACGAUUUCAUGUACAGAUUUAUAUGUGCAACGUAUAAUAAGAUCUUGUGGCCUUCGGAUGGGUUUGUGUAUUUUUAUUUUUUAUUUUUGUCCGGUUUUUUUUUUUUUUUUUUUUUUUUUUACACACAAUUAUUUACAUAUUAUUUUACUCAAAUGUUGACAUGAGGACAGAUAGUCUGCCUGUUGUUUUCUUUUCAAAGUAAUUUUUGACAUUAUAUUGCCUUGUGUUCAAACAUAGCUGUGUUGAAAUAUCUAUUGAUAUAGAUUUGUUGUUUUGUUGUAAUAUCGGAAAUGGAAGUUUUAAAAUCAAGGUUUCGAGUGUGAUAUAGCAGUGUUGUCUUAUGCAUUGGUUUACUCUAAUGUGAAUCUGCAUAUACAAUGCCUUCACAUGGGCCACUAACAGAUGACAAGGGCAGAGAUCUGAUGUUAUUGUUGCACCAAAUUAUAUUGUAUCUGUCAGUUUAUUAACUUCUCAUUCUAUUGUUAACAUGAUAUCUACUGUUUGAGGAGAGUUUCGUCUGUAUUUUUUAAGAGCUGUUGGACAACUAGGGAUCGAAUUGGGCAUUUCCUUGCAUCUGAAUGCUUUCUGGUGAUAGUAUCUGGCAAAUACAAAGAGAGUAUAUCUUUAGAGGGAUGUCUGCUGUUUAUUGACAAAAGAUUGAUGCAUUUCCAUGUAAUGACUGAAUUUUUUUCUUUGUAAUGUUACUUUGUCAUAUUCUGUAACUGAUUGGUUAAAACUUUUAGUUCUAUAGUAACAAACUAUGUAUUUUUAUGCUAAUAUAAUUUUAAAACACUGGAGAGGAAUUUGUGAAAUGAUCAUCUAUAUACAUAUAUAGUUGAAUAUUGCAUAUACACACACAUAAUUAGUCUGUAGUUACUAGUCAAAGCAUCUCCAAAUUGUUGGGAACAAUAUAACAGUUUGCAUACUCGGAUAAAAAGAAAGCAAUGGAAGUUAUAACUUUAAAUUAUUUUAGGCAUUUUUUGGACUGGAAAGAGAUCAUCAGAAGUAAACAAAGCAUCACUUUUUUGUCUUCUUCUCGUGUGAUAUUACAGACAUUUGAUUUAACAACUUUUUUUUUUUUUUUCAGGUACAUCAGUAACUUUUAAUUGUUUUUGUGAGGAGACAAGAGUUGCUUACUUUAUGCAUAUAUAUAAAAAAACUAAAUAAAAUGUGUGAUUUUCACAUGAGUAUUCAA